AUGCUUCUACUUCUUCGGGAACAAGACAAGAUGGCGCCCGAUUUGUCUCACCCGGAAGUAAAGAAUAAUAACAUCCGUUUGUCAUCUGAAGCCAUACCAUCUCUCAUCCAGGGAACCGUGGGGGGGAAGUCUGGUUUCCGUCCUGCUGCUUUCCUUCAACUACAAGAUGGCUUCUCAGAAGGACGCAUGCAAUGCCAUUCCUCAAAGACAAUGCUUGAAGGCAGCACGCUCCUUAAGAGUCAUCACCACUCCCUAAUCUCAAGUACCCAGGGACACAAAAACUGUGGAAGGCCGCAGGGACCUCUGCCUAGGAAAGCCAGAAUGUUUAUUGCAGAUACAGUUCCACCACUGUACAUUAAGUAUGUGGAAAACAGAAGAUAUCCUUUUGGUUCCUGGGUCUCCAGAACAGUAGGAGCAAACAUCCAAAUCUGAUAUAGCACUUCCAGAGAGCCUGGUCUUGGAGGAUAAAACUUUACCUUGAUGGGACUUUUGGCCCCGGUCCCUUAAGAGUCACUGUGUUCCAUGUGUAUAAAGGGGAAAAAAAAAAAAAACUAUUUGGUGACCAGAAGGGUGGAUUGUGGUAGAGACUUCUCUUAAAUUCACAUAUCCCAUUCUCCUUUUUUUGUAAGCCCAUGGUAGACUCUUUCCUACCCAUCUUUCCUUGCAUUUAGGCAGGGUCAUGUGAUUACUGCUGGCCAAUGAGUUGUCAGAGACACAUCCAAGAUGAAAAACUUAAUUGCUGGUGCAAGAUCUUUUAAUGCUGUAUUCUUCUGCCACAAUGGGGAGACCUCAUAUUGAAAUGGUACAGUCACAGACUGAAUCAGCUUGGAUUACCAGAAUCGCCAGUUGGAGAUCAGUUGCCUUUGCAGAUUGUGCAGACUCACAGUGAACUUCGGAUGUGCCAGAAAUAACUUUUGUGUUAAGUCACUGGGAUUUGGGGUUGUACUGCAGCACAACUCAGCCUAUCCUAAUACAUAUGGGAAUGCAAACAUCUCAGAUAUUUCUUCUUGGGUGCAAUUUAAAAUACGUAUGAAAUGGCUUCAGAAGUGUCCAUGAACCUUCAAAAUUACAUACAAGAAUUAGGGAGAUACAUUUUUCUGGGAACAUACAGAUGUUAAGACUUCCCUUCUCCGUCUCUAUAUUGCCAGAAGAGAGGGCCCCAGAAUUAAAACCCCAUCCUUCCUACAACACUCAGCUUUCUCUUUCAGGAAUAUCAGUACUAAUAUCACCAUGCCUUUUAUCUCUAGGAUAUCUUCAUCCCCUGUACCUUAAUUUCUGCAUGACUUCAUAGGGAGUCCAUAUUGCUUGAUUUUUCUCCAUAUCAUUAUCAUUGACAUAAAUUUUCCUUACAUUCUUAGAAUGUGUAUUUCCUCACCUUUUAGAUUUCUGGCUCUUAUGUUGACUGCUGUAUGCCUAGUACCUACCACACAACAGGUAUUCAACAAAUACUUUUUUUUUUUGAGACAGUCUCUGUCACCCAGGCUGGAGUGCAGUGGUACUAUCUUGGCUCACUGCAACCUCUGCCUCCCGGGUUCAAGCGAUUCUCCUGCCUCAGCCUCCCAAGUAGCAGGGAUUACAGCCCUGUGCCACCACGCCCAGCUAAUUUUUGUAUUUUUAGUAGAGAUGGGUUUUUGUCAUGUUGGCCAGGCUGGUCUCGAACUCCUGGUCUCAGGUGAUCUGCCCACUUUGGCCACCCAAAGUGCUGGGAUUACAGGCAUGAGCCACUGUGCCUGGCCUAACAAACACUUACUAAAUGACUAAACAAAUAAAAGAUAGUCUCUAACUUUCAUCAUAAUCUCAAAAGAGCUUCAUGACCUGGAAGAAGUUUAGACACAAAUGGGUAGGCAAAGUAUUUCUUAAUUGCUGGUGCAAGACCUUACCCUUGUCUUAAUAAUUAUCCUGUCUAAGUAAUACACCUUUUAAGAAACCCCUGAAAGGAAGAUGAUCGUCCUUGGUAGAUACUGAAAUCUGAGGUAAAGUGGCCCAUAAACUGUUGUGAAAUAGAGAAUUUCUAAAACAUGUAGGGUAUUUUGAAUAUAGCUGAGAAAGCUGCUAUAAACUGAAGGUUUACGUCCCCUACAACAUUCACAAAUCCCAAAUGUGAUGGUAUUUGGAGAUAGGGCCUUUGAGAAGUGAUUAGGUCAUGAGGAUGGAACCCUCAUGAAUGGGCUGCAUGAAAAAGGACCCACAGAGAUGCCUUGUACUUUUCCCAUGUGAGGACACAGCAAGAAAGCACUGUCUUUAUGAACAGAAGUGGGCCCUCACCAGACCCCAAGUCUACUGGCACCUUGAUCUUGAAGUUCCCAGCUCCCAGAACUGUGAGAAAUAAAUUUUUGUUAAUACACCA